AUCAGUGCCCUGAUGAUCGGUGCCCAGCAAUGCCACCCGCAAGUUCCGCCCACCUGUGCCCAGCAGUGCGCCCACUAGCUCCGCCCACCUGUGCCCAGCAGAUCACCCACCUGUGCCCAGCAGUGCACCCACCUGUGCCACUCUGCAGUGUCACACACCUGUGCCCAGAAGUGCCACCUACCUGUGCCCAGCAGUGCCACCCACCUGUGCCCACCCACCUGUGCCCACCAGUGCCACCCACCUGUGCCCACCCACCAGUGCUGCCCACCAGUGCCACCCACCAGUGCAGCCCAGCAGUGCUGCCAGUCAGUGCCACCAGUCAGUGCUCAGGGGUUGUGCCAGUCAGUGCCGCCAGCCAGUGCCCAGCAGUGAUGCCAGUCAGUGCCGUCUAUCAGUACCCAUCAUCAGUGUCACCUAUCAGUGCCGCCUAUCAGUGCUGCCUAUCCGUGCCACCUCAUUAGUACUGCCUAUCAGUGCCCUUUAG